AUGACUCACCUUUCUACUCAACAACACCACACAGUUCUCUUUAGCAAAAUUGAGAACGACGUGCUUAUCGAAUAUGAGAAGCUUGCCUCUAAUGUUGAGCAGAUGAAAGAUCUCGUCACCACAAUGAACACAACCGACGUCCCAAUACUAAAUGAAAAAUUGCGCUUACUUGAGAAAAAAAUGGGCGUUGUCUACACACUGUUUAAAGCUUCGGUGUACUCGCUUGUUACUGCUGCCGAUAACUCUACAAGAUAA